AUGAAUGAGGAUGAUAAUAAUGAAGAACAACAAGUAGAAGAAGAAGAAAAAACUGAUAAAAAUGAUGAGAAAGAACUAAGUUUUGAGCAUCACGACGAAACUAAUGAUCAAACAAUUAAACAACUAAGUGAUGAAGAAACCAAACUUCAAAAUGAUUUAGCUAAUGAACUUAAAUAUAAUCUAAAAAUUCCAAUUAAUGAUGAACUUCCUAAUAUUGGUCCAACACCAUAUAAAGUGGCCAUUGUUGGAAUGAAUGAAUUAGGAUCAGCUACAGCUUUUUUACUUAUAUGUAGACAAAUUGUAACUGAUAUUAUUAUUAUUGAUCGAAAUACUAAAAGAUUAGCUGGUGAAUAUGCUGAUUUAAGUACUUGUACAACAUUUGUUUCAGGUGUCAAUAUACAAGCAAGUAAUCAAUUAGCAUCAUGUGAAGGUGCUCGUGUUGUUAUUCUUUGUGAUGUAAAUGAUGAUGAUGAUGAUGCAGGAGUAGAGAAAUCAACAUCAGAUUGUGUUAUGAUUAUUGCACUACAACCAUUUGAAGUAAUGACUCGGUUAUGUGUUGCUAAUAGUAUGUUACCAUCAUAUCGUAUAAUUGCACCAGGAACAAUGAUUGAUUCAGCACAUUUCAGAUUGUUAAUCGGUGAAAAAUUAGACAUAUCACCAGCAAGUAUAACUGGAAUAAUAAUUGGUGGACAUGGACAUAAUAAUCUUCCACUAUGGAAUUCAAUAACUAUUGGUGGUAUACAUUUACUUUCAGAAAAUUCAUCAAUAGGAAAAUCAUAUGAUAAAGAAAACUGGAAUCAACUUCAUAUUAAUGUCAAUCAACGACAAGAAGAAAUUAUUAAAAUAAAGGGAACUGAAGUCUGGUCAAUUUCAAUGGCAUCAAGUGAACUUGUUGAAUGUAUACUUCGUAAUAAACGUGAAAUUCAUGUAGUUACUGUUAAUAUUAAAGGUUAUUAUGAUGUUAAAGAUGAUUUAUUUAUUUCAAUACCGGCUAUUAUUAAUCAAAAUGGUGUAUCUCAUUUAAUAACAACAAAUUUCUCUAAUCAUAAUAAUGAAAAUGAAUUUUCUACAAUAAUUCAAAAUAUACAAAUGAUCGUAAAAGAAAAACUAAAGAAUAUUUAA